AUGGAUCAACUCUACUUUUUGAUUCUGCUAGGCUAUUCAUCAUUAGCGCUUACUAAGUUCAAAACAUUCGAUGACUCAAACAAAACAAUGUUCCGAACAGAGCAAAUAAUUUUUUCCUCAAAACAUAAUAUUACUAAAUUAUUGGUCCCUGCAGGCAAUUCGUAUAUCCACGAACGAAUUUCAGAUAUACCAUCAAUAUUCUUUACUAUAUCCGAUCCAAAACUGGAAGGAGGGAGCUGUAUUUAUGUGCUAGAAGAAUUGGCAGCAUAUGAAAUUUUAGAGGGAGGUCGAGAUUCUACAUCAGAUUAUAGUACUGAUAUGGUGGUUUACUUUGGUGCAAAGGACGGUGUUUACAAAUAUGAUCCAGAUACGUUAUCAGCGAAGAAAUUUGGGAAAUUUCGCGACGAUAUAAUUCAGAUACAGAAAGCUACCAACGGUAUUAUUUAUUAUUUGACUUCAAGCAAUAUUUUAUAUAAACUUGAAAAUAAUGGCACUUCUCGAAGCAAAGUGAAAGCAGUCACUUGCGCCACAGAAUUCGUUUUGGAUACGUCUGAUAUUAUAUAUUUUAUUUCAUGUGAUGAUGGUUUACCUCGUAUAGUUAAAUCUGAUGGAAAUUUACUAACAUAUACACCAAGUGUUUCUGAAGAUUUUAAUGAUGUUAAGCUUUUGAGACCUGCUUUUAUUAUGGAGAACUGUGUGCCGUUUUUGGGCGAUAAUAAUUUGUACAUGUUACAUUCGAAUGGUACGAGUGAGAAAAAAGAUUUCACACUUAAAGAAGCACCUACAGCUUACAGUAUAGAUACGGCAUUGUACCUGGUGGCCGCAUUAGAUGGAAAAAUAUAUGAAUUUAACGUUAUGGAAGUUAUGUUAAAAUCAAUGUUUGGAUUUUCUAAUUUUCCCAUCGAUCUUACUAAAAUUGUUAUGUCCAUCAUAGAUACAGCUAGAGAUGGUUUUUAUAAGGAUUGGGGUUCAAUACUCGGUUAUCAA